CGCCCUGGCGCCUUUGCCGGGGUCAACGGUCCCUUCUGGCCCGAGGGUCCGGCCGAGAGCGGUGGCGGCGUCCGCGGAAGGACUUCGUGGGAGGAGAAUGGCUUCAAUAAGAAAAACCAGCCGUACUGUGCGUGAUAUCUUUGGCGACUUCAGUGAUAUUUCCUUAGAAGAUUCAAAGAUGGAAGAAAUCCGGAACUUGGAAAUCAGUAGAAGUCUUACCAAAAUAGCACCCGGUCCAAGCAGAUUUCUAAAAAGAAACCAGACUAUGGGUGGAAAACACUUAUUCCCGAAAGAGAAUGCUUUCCUGGGGAGUGGGCCCUGGCUGUCUUCAGGUAGAGCUUCGACCACUGCCUCGAAGGUCAGGGCCAACGCUGCGCUCACAAAGCUGGCCCAGAUAGAAACCAAGAUCAGGAACCGGAAGGUGCAGAUGGAUUUGUCCGACGUGGAAUCUGACCUGAAGACCUCUGAGGACUGGCUUCCUAGCAGAGCAGACGAAAAUCCCCCUAGAAGGACGGUUGACCUUUCUUCACAGAACACAGACAAAACCUCCCAGAAACAGGCCCUUGAAAUUCCUGUCCCUGAGAGUGACAUGCCGAGUGGGAAGGUCAGUAGGUUUCUAAAGAAGAGAGAAGCACCUGUGGAAAAGAUAUCCCCUGAAGCACAUGUUGGGAAAGAGAGGGAUCUUCAAACACCCAAAGAGAAAAAACCUCCUAGAAGACUGGAUUCUCCAGACAGUGAUGAAGAGGAAAUGAAAGAGUUGCUAGGAAGCUUGAUGGAAUCUUCUAGCGAAAAACAAGCAUCCACAAAUCAGGGUUUCACCAGCACCAAAGUCAGUGAGAAAGAACAAACAAAACUAGUCUCGGAUCAGAUCCCAAAUCAACUGAGAGUCCUUUCGCUGCCCAGGAAGGAUCUUUCCAGCUCAAAGCCAUUUCCGACAUCACGUCUGCCAACCUCACGGUCAGCAGAUGGGACCCUUCACAGUGCUGGCUCGAGAACUUGCUCCCCACAGAUUCCCAUUUCAGAGGACACAGCCUCCCACACGGCAUCACUUUCCAUCCCCGGAGCCUUUCCGAAGUCUGUGCCCUCAACAGUGGGGGAUGGCAAGCUCUCGUCCUCCCCAAGAAGGAGUGAGGCUGGGCCUCAGGAUGAGUCUCCCUCAGAAGCCGCCGAUGAAAGUCUAAAUGAUUUGAGAAUAAACAUUUUAUCCCUUGAUGAUCUGGCUCCAGCCGUCAGUGAGAAAUCAGACUUGGAACAGAAAAAAGGUCAGGGGGAAAAGGCAUCCAGCAAAAACCCCUGGGCUGGGGCCCCCCGCUCUGGAAGCAAGAUUUCUGAGUGCCUGAGCCAGCGGUCCGUCUCGUCCCUUGGACCCAAGGGCACUUCUAGCCUGGGGUCAAAGUCUCAGGAACCUACGGCCAGCACAGUGAGCUCGGCUUAUUCGGAUGAUUUUGAAAAAUCCCCCAGUCCAACAGCAUCUGAGUCGACGCCCCAUUCUGAGGAGUCUCCUGACAGGACGCUGGCGACUUGGUCUGAAUUUUCUGCAAGCCUGAAGACAGACCUUCCUCCACCAACUCCCAAGUCUCGGAAAAAGUGGGCCAGGGGUGUUACAAGAGUCAUGGUGAAGGAGAUGGCUGUGCAGACCCUCGAUCCCGCCUUCACCUACCAGUGGGCUAAGGCGGCCGGCGUAGCGGCCAUCGGACCAGCCCUGGGAGGUGCCUAUGUGGACCCCUCGCCCAUCGCCAGCCACGUCAUCAGUGCGGACGCCAUAGAAGCCCUGACAGCGUACAGCCCCACCGUGUUCGCGCUCAACGAUGUGCUGAAGCAGCAACUGAGCCUGACACAGCAGUUCAUCGAGGCCAGCCGGCACCUGCAUGCAUCCCUCCUGCGCUCCCUGGACCGGGACUCAUUCCAUUACCACACCCUGGAGGAAACCAAAGAGUUUACUGGUUGGAAGAAAAUAGGUUGUCCUGGGACUUCCCUGGCGGUCCAGUGGUUAAGACUCUGCGCUUCCAAUGCAGGGGGUGUGGGUUCGAUCCCUGGUUGGGGAACAAAGAUCCCACAUGCCGCACGGUGUGGCCAAGAAAAAGAAAGAAAAUAGGUUAUCUGACGGUUUCCCACAUUCUGGACUGGGCUGAUUGCUCCCUAGUGGGGUCCUUUUAACUUGUUCCUCUGUUGGAUGUGCAUCAGUUGAUUGGAUGCAGGCUGAAGUGAUCUGACUACGUCACCUGCCUGCAGCCCACGUGUGGCUGCCUGCUCUCUGCUCCAGGCCCACACCCUGAGAGUGGCACCCAAGUCCUUCUCCCCAACCUGUGUCCUCUGAGGGCACCCCGGGUAGCCCUGCCCCUCACCACGGUCCCUUUUCCCUUCCAGGCUCAGUCAAGUCUCACCCCUUGCAGGGUACCUGCCCGGAGGCUGCCUGGGUUCACCUCUCCUCUUCUGUUUCCAUUGCCACCUGGCAUCCCUUCAUUUUUUCUGUUAGCCCCUGGGGAUAGGCACCAUCUCCAGGACCCAAAGCCUCAGUAGACUGAGGCAGCAGUGGUGAUGGCUUCCCUGUGUGUCCUCUGCC